ACCUCUGAGAAAAGAAAACAGAAUUUCCUUUUGUUUUUCAAUAAAACUCUGUUUGAUCAAUACGCUCUUUCUUUUGGUUUACAAGUUUCUUAUCUGCAAAAAAACAUGAUUCUCAAAGAUCCCGUCUUUUUCUUCAUAGCAAUCUUUCUACUUUCAUCAAUCACAGCUCAAUCAUCCAAGUGUAAUCGAUCAUGCGGUGACAAGUUUGUUCCUUUCCCAUUUGGAUUCUCUGCCGGCUGCCAAAUCCCUCUAAACUGCAGCUCCAAUAACCAACAGCUUAUUGCUGAUUUUCGGGUCCUAACGAUAAACGCUGAUCGUAUAAAGAUCAGUAUUGAAGCCACUUGCAACCGUCCACUCCAAGUCUUUCACCGUCUAUACGGCCCCAACUACGCCCCAACAUCCCAGAACGCAAUUCUAUUGCAAAACUGCAGCUUGCCGAAGCCAUGCAUGAUUCCAACGACCAUGGUUUACACUCAUUUUGAGGAGAUUGCUUGUCCUCCUAAUACCAACAAUAUAAGUUGUUAUUCGGAGAACAUAAUUAAUGGCUUCGUUGAUUACGGCAACGUAACUCGCACCAAUUGCAAGUCCUUUUUAUCGUCCAUAUCGGCUGAAUCUUUCAAUGAAUCAGGCGUACUGGAGGUCCAGGUGGUUGAGCUAGGGUGGUGGCUCCAAGGACGGUGCUCAGAUAUUUGUUCUGAAAAUGCUACUUGUGAUGAAAUCGUUCCGCCGUUCAACGGACAGCCAGGAGUCCGUUGCAGCUGCAAACAUGGGUUCAUUGGUGAUGGAUAUCGUGCUGCCGCUGGUUGCCGGAAAGCAUCUCCAAAGUGUAACCUUCCAAGAUUCAUUUCUGGAAAAUGUAGAGGAACGACUAGAGUCGCUCUUAUGGUUGGAGGCAUUGCAACAGGAGCUCUUUUGAUGAUCUGUGCAGUUCUGAUAUGCUGUUGUAUGAAGAGGCAAUCCAAUUCAAAAGACAGACACAGCACGAAACGCCUCUUAUCAGAAGCUUCACAUAUCAGCAUCCCAAUUUAUACAUACAAAGAAAUAGAGAAAGCUACAAAUGGUUUCUCAGAGAAACAACGGCUUGGAACUGGGGCCUUUGGAACAGUCUAUGCAGGGAAACUCCACAACAAUUCAUGGGUUGCUAUUAAGAGGAUCAAGCAUGGAGACACUGAUUGCAUUGAACAAGUCGUGAAUGAGAUCAAGCUAAUUUCAUCUGUCAGCCACCAAAACUUAGUUCGCCUCUUGGGUUGCUCCAUAGAAAAUGGUGAACAAAUACUUGUGUAUGAGUUUAUGCCCAAUGGUACGUUAUGCCAGCAUUUACAAAGAGAGAGGGGUGAUGGACUUGCCUGGCCAGUUCGCCUUACCAUUGCUGCUGAAACUUCACAAGCCAUUGCUCAUCUGCAUUCUGCUAUAGACCCCCCAAUAUACCACAGGGACGUCAAGUCAAGCAACAUUCUUCUAGAUUACAAUUUCAGGUCCAAAGUAGCAGAUUUUGGUCUUUCUAGACUUGGAAUUACUGAAAUAUCACACAUCUCAACAGCUCCUCAAGGAACUCCGGGAUACCUUGAUCCUCAGUACCAUCAAAAUUUCCAUCUUUCGGACAAAAGCGAUGUUUAUAGUUUUGGGGUCGUUCUCAUUGAGAUCAUAACAGCACAAAAGGUAGUGGACUUUUCUAGGCCUCAUAAUGAAGUUAAUUUGGUUUCUGUUGCUACUGACAGAAUCAGCAAAGGGCGUUUAGAUGAGAUCAUAGACCCAUUCCUAGAGCCAUACAGUGAUUCUUGGACGUUAUCUACAAUCCACAAGGUGGCAGAGCUGGCUUUUAGAUGCUUAUCAUUUCAGAGGGAGAUGAGACCCACAAUGAUGGAAGUAGCAGUGGAAUUGGAACAAAUCAGGCUAAGUAGAUGGGUUCCUGCAGAAGAAAUCACUUGUGCAGCUUCAUCAGAAGUAUCACCUUGCUCCUCCUCAUCCAAUAUAAGCGAGCAACCGCUGAGCAUGUCAGUCAAUAAUAAAAAUGGACUGGAAAAUAAAGGCCUAUUCAUGUUUCAGAUGACUAACGUUGGUUGCGUGAACUUGACCGGAAAAUCGGAGGAUAAUUCUCCAGUGUUAACCGGAAAAACUGGAAAAUAAAGCUCACCUUCAUCGAGCAGUUUGCUGAAUAAUGCAACCCAUUAACCAUAAGUCGGUCUUUCUUUGGAUUUCAACUUCAUCUCAGCCUGUUAAUACUUAGUUCUAUCAAUUCGGUCAAAGUUUUGUCCCUAUGCGUAUAAUUUCUAAGAUUUCCUACUCAUUGUAUAUAUGUCUGUAGACACAGCCAAAAAUGCUUCCAUCAUUGUCUUUUUCUCACUUUAAUGUAUCAUAAAAAUGUUGUUUGGGGGUGUGGAUAUAAGACCUGAGUGACAGAUGAAAAGAAUAUAGCUAAAAGAAACAGGCAGAUGCUAUACACUAAUUAUCA